AUGAUUCUUGCAUGUCGAAACAGUAAUAUCUCGAAGGUAAAAGAGUUACUUGAAUCACUAAAAGUUUCUCAAUUAAAUGAAAAUGAUCCUUCGACUGGCAAUACAGCUUUACAUGAAGCAGCAAUCAAUAAUAAUAGCGAAUUAAUUGAAAUAUUAUUGAACACUGCAAUAUGCCGGUCGAUAAGAAAUCAUAAGAAUUUAACAGCCUAUCAGUUAACAAACCAAAAACCAUUAUUUCAUCGUCAUAGUAUUGAUCGAUUUAUUAGCAUUGGAAGUGAUGACAGUGUAGCUGAUAGUAUCAUUACAGCUGAACUGAUGCCUUUAUCAACAUCUUCAACUAUAACGAUAGAUUGGUCACUCAUUGAAGAUGAUGUAACAAUGGUAACAGAGAAAGCCAUCAAGUUUCAUCAUGUAUUAGACAAUAAACUGAAAUAUAAUGCAACAUCUUAUGGUGCUCAUUUAGAAUAUGAUAUUCGUCAAUGGACAAAGAAUAUUAAAGAUAUAUUUAUAACUCGAUACUUAUACCAAUCGAAACAUUUAUUAUUAAAUCAAGAGCAUGAAAAACUCACUUAUUUAUUUGAGCAAGCUAUCGAAUCCAAUAAUGUACGAUAUCUAGUAACAGCCUAUACAGUUGAAAGCAAGUUUUAUAAAAUUUUCAAUCAAUAUCUUGCCAAAUAUCUUCUAUCUGCAUUUAAUUCAGAAGAAUAUAAUUAUAUUAAAAAUCAAGAUCUCGAUGUAAAAAUGGAAUAUAUGCUAUCCAUCACAUGGUUAGCAUCCAUACUUUGUCAUAGUCCUCUAUUAGUAAGUCAGUAUCAGUUUACUGGUACUGUAUAUCGCGGAAUGCGCAUUACAAAUCAUGAAUUACAAAAAUACAAAAUUGAUAGAUACAUUCUAACAAAAUCGUUUUUAUCAACAUCAAAAUCAUUCUGUGUUGCUGAUGAAAUCUAUGCAAAUGGUAAUGAUCAACUGUCAUCAUCAUCAGAGGAUGAUCGAAUUGUUUUCUGCACAUACACAAUUAGAAAUCAAUACAAACAAAUGGUUACAGCUAUUCAAAUUGACAGCAUGUCGGAGUUUGAAGAAGAAGAUGAAGUACUUAUAUUUCCAUUAGUACCAUUUCAAAUUCGAGAUAUCCAAGAAAAUAAUCAAAAGAAAAGAUUGGAAAUUAAAUUAGAAGACUGUGAGUCAAUGUCAUAUGUACAACCGCAAUAUCACGACUUCUUGUAUGCAAAUGAUGCAUGA